AUGGCUAUACAAUCAAACGAUCCAAAUGGUGGCGGUGCCAAAAUUUAUGUGCCUCCACAUUUACGAAAUCGUGAAGCAUCAAAUGGUUUUCCUGAUUCUGCGAACGAUGUUAGUCAAUUUAAUCGCCCUUUCCGUGGCACUAGUGAUAAAUUUCGUGGACGUCCUUUUCGUGGUUCUUAUAGGCCAAAUUUCAACGAUAGUGCAUCAACCAUAUCUUCGUUUACUGAGCUUUCGCUUCAUAAAAUCGUACGUGAUAGCGUUGAACUAGCCAGUUACGAACGUCCUACACCAGUACAAAAACAUGCUAUACCGAUCAUUGCAUCAGGUCGUGACCUAAUGGCCUGUGCACAAACUGGUUCCGGAAAGACUGCUGCAUUCCUUAUUCCAAUUCUAAAUAACAUGAUUAAGCAAGGUCCUGGUGACUCAAUAUGCGCCUCAAUUAUUUGGUUGAUAACAGAAUCUGCUGAUCCAGAAAUAGUAAACAUCCCUAUAAAAAAACAAUUGAAAUUAUUAAUUGCUAAUUAUCAUUCUGUGAAGUCUAAUGAAGCGGAUAGUAUCAUUUUAGCAUUUUUUAUGCCUUUGCUUUCCUGCUGUGGUUUCUAUAAUGGUGAUGAUUUUGAAAAAUCCCGAUUUGUUCGUAACGAAUCCUAUCAGAACAUAGAAUAUCCAGAUAUUCAAUAUCCAAUUACAUGUUGUCAGCUACAUUUACAAUUCCGUGUUAAAUAUCUUACAUGUCCACAACAAUUCACUGAAUCCAAUAGUUUUGUACAUGUUGGUUGUUGGAAUAAAUUAAACGAUUUAAUUUUAUGCAUUCGACAAGCUAUGAUAUUAGUUAUCGUGGGUAAAAUUGGCAUAUUGGUAAAACUAUCAUCAUUUAUCUGCUUUAAAUCAUCACUACUGUUCACUACUGUUGACAAAAAGUCACAACUUGAAGUGUGCAGAGUAGAGUUUAACAUUGUCAAAUAUACAAUAUCAAUUGCUAUCGUUGUGAUUGGUGGCCUAUUAGCAUGGAGUCCGACAACAAUUACAACUAUUUUGAAUAGUACAUUAGUGACUUAUAUUAAAACAACAUUUGCAAGUAAAAUGACUGUGGAUGCUACUUCAUUAGUGAAUAAUAUUAUAAGCAUUAUUCUGUAA